GUAGAGAGCCCCCCUGCCCGUGGCUCCUGGGUGUGAGGGGGGUAUUUGUGGACCAACCAGAGGAUCCCCCUCCCCCAAGUGUGCCCGUGCGUGCUGGUGGAGGGUGUUUGUGCCCGAAAGCUUUGCGAAGAAGAAUUGUUUCCAACUGUUUGAGCCGGUCUAAUAAAAGAUAAUCACAUUUGCCCAGUGCAGUGCCCCGUACCACGCGUCUGCGCUCAUCUGGAGGCGGCCAGGGAGCGAGCGCCUGGCUUUUCCCUGUUGUGGGUUGAGAAAGAAAGCGGUCGCACAGUUAUCCCAAUGGAGAGAAAACACAGCUCCCGGAAGGGAAAAGACACCGGGAAGUCAAAUGUUGCCCCGCUCCCUAUUCACAAAUACAGGAAGAAGCUAGUUGAGGCUGUCGGAGACCACUCAUUUCUCAUUGUGACCGGGGAGACAGGAAGCGGCAAAACUACCCAGCUCCCUAAGUAUCUGUUUGAAGAAGGCUUUGCAAAGCAUGGAGUGAUUGGCGUGACUCAGCCUCGGCGAGUUGCUACCAUAUCUGUGGCCCAGAGGGUGGCUGAAGAGAUGAACUGUUCUCUAGGAAGCACAGUGGGAUAUCAGGUCCGCUUUGAUGACCUUACCUCGGAGGAUACUGCAAUCAAGUAUAUGACUGAUGGCUGUCUACUGAGACAGAUACUGGCCGAGCCCCAUCUUGCCAAAUACAGUGUCAUCGUACUGGAUGAAGCCCACGAGCGGAGCCUAAGCACAGAUAUUUUAUUUGGCUUGCUGAAAAAGCUGUUCCAGCAGAAGAAGCCUCCUGGCAGAAAGAAAGCUCUCAAGGUGGUAGUGAUGUCAGCCACCCUCGAGGUAGACAAGCUCUCAGAGUUCUUUGGGCACUGCUCGGUGGUGGAUAUUCCAGGAAGAAAUUAUCCCGUCAAGGCAAUGUUCUGUAACCUGCUUGGCCCAAAGGAUGCAGGAAAUUCUGCAUAUGUUACAGAGGCUGUAAAAGUGACCCUGGAUAUCCACUUGAAUGAGUCAGCAGGGGACAUCCUGGUUUUUUUGACCGGGCAGUCUGAGAUAGAAAAAACUUGUGACUUGCUUUUCCAGAAGGCAGAAUCUAUAGAUUACCGUUACGAUGUGCAAGAUUGCUCUGUUGAAGGUUUGCUAAUCUUACCGUUGUAUGGGUCAAUGCCAACAGAUCAGCAGAGAAGAAUAUUUUUGCCACCUCCGCCAGGCAUUCGAAAGUGCGUCGUAGCCACAAACAUCGCUGCGACAUCCCUGACAAUUGAUGGGAUCAGGUAUGUGGUGGAUAGCGGAUUUGUGAAGCAGUUAAACCAUAAUCCCAGAGUUGGUUUGGACAUCCUGGAGGUGGUUCCCAUUUCAAAGAGCGAAGCAAUGCAACGAGCCGGCCGAGCUGGCAGGACAUCACCUGGGAAAUGCUAUAGGCUAUACAGUGAGGAAUUUUGGGAUCAGUGUAUGCCUGAACACACGAUCCCAGAGAUUAAGAGGACUAGUCUGACAUCUGUGAUCCUGACCUUGAAGUGCCUCGCUGUCCAUGAUGUCAUAAGGUUCCCCUAUUUGGACCGCCCGGAAGAGAGGCAUAUUCUGGAGGCUCUUAAGCAGCUUUACCAAUGUGGAGCUAUUGACAGGAAAGGCCACGUGACACGACUGGGAGAGCUCCUGGUGCAGUUUCCCCUCCCUCCAAACCUAACCUGUGCCGUCAUAAAGGCAGCUGCUCUGGACUGUGAAGAUCUGCUGCUUCCCAUAGCAGCCAUGCUGUCAGUGGAAAAUAUCUUCAUUCGACCAGGUGAACCUCAGAGCCAAAAGGAAGCAGAACUCCAGCACAGAGAGCUGUCGUUGCAGUCAGGAGGAUGCAAUGAUUUUGCGACCCUCUUAAAUAUCUUCGAUGAGUGCAAAGCAAGCAAGUCUGCUGCAGCUUGGUGCCAGAAGCAUUGGAUCCACUGGAGAGCUUUAAAAUCUGCUUUUAGUGUGGAAGCACAGCUCCGGGAAAUAACCAGGAAGCUUAAACAGCUGCCGGACUUCCCCAGGGAAACCUUUGAUGGCUCCAGAAAUGAGAUCCUAAGAAGAUGUCUCUGCACAGGGUACUUCACCAACGUAGCAAGAAGAUCCAUGGGCAGGAUGUUUUGCACAAUGGAUGGACAUGGCAGCCUGGUCCAUAUUCAUCCCUCAUCAGCUCUCUAUGACCAGGAACCCCAGCUUGAAUGGAUUAUCUUCCACGAUGUCCUGGUCACUUCUAAAAUUUACGUGAGGACUGUGUGUCCCAUUCGCUACGAGUGGGUCAAAGACUUGUUGCCAAAGUUGCACGAAGUCGAUGCAUACGAGCUGAGCAGUGUGGCACGGGAAGAAGUGACUGAAGAGGAAAUAACCAAGUGGAAAAACAAGGAGGACCUCAGGCGACAGCAUGAAACAACAGACACCUCGGCAAAGAAGGUGGAGAAAAGGAACGAUGACAAAUCCAUACAGGAUGCCCGAGCUCGCUACCUCCAGAGGAAGCAGCAAAGGGCACAGGGUAUAAAUGCCACGCUGGAAGAGACUGGCUGACAGCGACAAGGACUUCAGGCCCGACAAAGGCGUUCGGUGUAAUUGCUGUGCAAUUGCUGUUGGUACGUUCACAGGGUACAAAAAUCCCCAAUGAUGACAACAGCGUGGCACAGACCAAAAGAGUUACCGGUUCCUGUGGAGUCUGCCUGCUUGGGGGUACGACCUGAUCCUCUCUGCCAUGUCCACAAGGGAUGGCGAGGAAAGGUUAACGAGUUGAAUUUUCAUUCCCAUGUAUCACCGGCUAUAACUCAUCCCCUCACGGUCGUGGAAGAAAAGGCAGCCUUUACAGCCUGUGCCUGUUUUAUGGUGCUUAAUUGGAAUUGGGGUUGAUUUAUGAAAUCAUUUCCCUGCCACUUGUAGUCACUUUUUCUUGAACAGUAUUUUUAAACGGGAUGUGGCUUUGCAGUAUUAGCUGCAUGUAACGUGUUUUAUUUCUCUGUAUAUUGGGGAUUUACCUGACCUCUUUGCGGUCAUGUCCCUGUGAUGUAUUCAGACCAUUUUAAUGCAGCGUGUGCUGUUUUAUUGAUGGAAACCUAAGAAUCAAAGCUCCAAAUGGCUUGUCAUUCACAUUGUCUCUGGGUUAUGCAGGAUUGUUCCUUGCUGUGUAUUUAGCUGUCCCAUGCCCAGUGACAGCUUUCGUAUUAAAAUGUAUUAUUUGUAUGCAAA